AUGAAAGGUUACAAUAUUUUCAGAAAUGACCGAGUAGGAAAACCUGGUGGAGGAGUAUUAUUAGCCGUCAAACAACACAUUAAAUGUAGUGAAAUACUUAACAAAACUGUUGGAAAGAAUGAAAUAAUAGCUAUUGAAAUUGCUACACAAUCAUUAAAAAACAUAUUAAUCUCUUCAAUAUAUGUACCACCAACAGCGAAAAUCCAUUGCAACAUCUUUAACGAACUUUACAAUUUAAACAACAACUGCAUCAUAGUACGUGAUCUUAAUGCAACAAUAUUCAAUAUGGGAUCAAGAAUAACAAAUGCUAGAGGAAGACAGAUACAAGAGGUGAUCAACGAAGGUUAUAUGAACUGUAUAGACGAUGAUAACACGACAUUUGAAAAGAAUGAUUACGAAGAAAAGAUUGACUGGAUAUUAGCCAGUCAACCACUUCAUUCAUUAAUAUCAAACGUCGAAACACAUCCAACAAUUGGUACAUUAAAUGGCCAUAAACCAUUAACCUUCGAUAUCACAAUUGGAACUGAACCAAAACCAGCAUCACCAAGAUUAUCCCUCAAAUUCAAAGCAGCAAAUUGGUCAAAAGUUAGAAAUAAAUUAAAUGAACAACUUAUGCUAACUAAAUAUGCAAAACAUCACGUAUAUGGAACUGAUCGUCGACGUCAUGCAGCUGUCAUAUUAUUUGAUAUCAAAGCUGCUUUUGAUUCAGUAUGGCAUGAUGGGUUGAUAUACAAAUUAAAUCAAUUACGUCUUCCACAAUAUAUAAUGAAUUAUCUCAUGUCAUUUUUACAAAAUCGAAUUGCUUCAAUCGAAAUUGAAAACAACUUAUCAAAACCAUUCAUCUUAAAUAGCGGUACUCCACAAGGUUCUCCAUUAUCUCCUUUACUAUAUAUUAUAUAUACGGCAGAUUCAAUGAAUGGAAUACCAGACCACACAGAACAUGGUUUAUUUGCUGAUGAUACUGCACUAUGGACAUCGUCAAACACAACAACAAGCCUUAACAUUAGAUUACAACAAUCCAUAGAUGCAUUCGAGAGCUGGUGUAAAUCAUGGAAAUUAAAAUUACAACCAACAAAAACUGAAUUACUCCACUUUACUGUCCAUCCAAGAAGAAUUUUUAAAAAUCCAAUCAACGUUAAAAUAGAAGAUACAAUCAUUAAACCAUCAGAGUCAACAAGAUAUCUAGGAAUUAUCAUAGACAAAAGAUUAAAUUGGCGAAGUCAUAUUCAUCAUGUUGAAUCGAAGAUCGCUGGACGUAUCAGUCUGCUUAGAUUUUUAAACAGAACCGCAUAUGAACCAAACGACAAAAUAAUGCUGAAUAUCUUCAAAUCAAUAGCAAGAACUAUGAUAAUAUAUGGUUAUCCAAUUCUCCUUACAGCUAAUGAUAAAAUAUGGGAAAGAUUACAAAUUAUGGAAAACAAAGCCAUUCGUGCUGCUUUAGGAUUACCCAUAUAUACAUCAGUUGAAUAUAUACAUAAGAUUAGCAACGUUACGAAAAUAAAAGAAGAUGCUACUACACUACUCCAACCAUAUAUUCAAACUGCAACAUCAAACAACGACAACGUACUGAAAAACAAUCUAGAAGAAAUAUUCAAUCAACUAUGA